AUGGAUAAUCUGGCCGCCGAGGUCGAUCGUGUGGUCUUUACUCCAUAUCCUACGCAACUGAAGUCGCUUCAUGAUAUCGUUUCUCAGACUUCCGAGCCGAAUGUGUGCCUUUGGGCAAUUACUUAUAAAUGUCGAAUUCCAUCUUUGAGUCAAGCUCUUGUAGACGCAUUACCACAUUGGCCCUACGUUCUAGACAUCAUCACCCGCCUGUCUUGUGCUGUUGAAGUCAGAGACUCUCUUGUACAAAGAGAGCCCUCGUUGCUGCCCCGCCUUCUUACCCAUGCUCUUGAGUCUCGAGUUGAAAGCAGAAAGUAUGUGGACGCUUCUGUGGCUCUUCUAUCUCAUCCGUUGCCUUCUGGUGUGGCUCUCCCAGCUACUGCUCAAAACUUCUUGCUCCAGCUUUUCGAUCGUGCUGCCGCGCAACCAACCGCUACGACUGUUCAACAGAUACAUCGCCUAGUCUAUGGAGCUUGCAAACCGAUUCUCGGUAUCCUCACCCCAGGUGUCUUGGCUCAUCUGGAGGAAUACAUCUUUUCGAUCUUGAAAAGCUCUUCGGGUGUUGAGGAUCAGUCUUUGGGCAUGUACUGUCUUGCUAUCAUGAGGAUGAUCCUUGAGAAGUUCCAGACAGAAGUCGGAAGCGAUGGUCUCUGGCCCACCUUCGAGCACUCUGUCGAGUCUACUAACUCUCAGUGGACACCCGACGCUAUCAAGCAGUUCUUCCAUGGUAACAAGACUCACAAGACCAUGCAGCUGCUGGUCUUACGAGUCAUCUGGGCUUGCAGACCAGAAUCGGCAGAUCCAAGCGGGCAAGGUCUUAUUAGUGUCACUCUUGUCAACCAGAUUCUUGCUGGUGUGUCCCAAUCUGCCGUGAUUGAAUGGUCUCACAAGAACGCGGUCAUUGUGCGAAAGCUGCAAGAGAAGUGUCUUGUGCCUGACAUGCUCCCUGCUCUUCGCUUCCAAGUUUUGACCUUCCUGAGUUCACUUUCCGAUAAAGUCGUACUGCCGUCUCAAGCAACGCUUUUCUACGAGCGAUCGUUGCUGGAUUUGAGCGCCGCUUUUCUCAAGAACGAUCAUCUCGACAUGUCGCUCCGCCUCUCGCUUUGCCGUCUAUCGUCUAAAUUCAAGCCUGAGUGGUGGGGGGAACUGUUGGACAAGGUCAUGGGCUUGUUGACGGAGUCGCCAGCGGCCACACUUUUCAACUCAGCCAACAGCUACGUCUCGUUUCUCGGACACAUUGCUGAUAUGGUCGAAGAUAACGAGUCGUGCCGCCGUGGUAUACUAGCUACUCUCCAUUCGGGCCAUAACCGUCAGAAGCUAGAGUACUUCUUCGCCGACCUAGAGACACUGCCCGAGAUAGAUACUGGACACGGCACGAACAGAUUCUGUAUGGCCUCAUACACGACUUUGAGGAGCAAGCUGAAGUCGUCACUCUGCUCUCUACUACUUCGAGCGGCUUUGGCUGCUCCACAAGAAGAAACUUCCUCGAUACGCAGGAUGCUUCCUGAGGUUCUUCGCCAUCAUGCAGUAGUUGAGGCAGGCAAAUCGGUCUGCUCCAUCUGCGUUCAGACACGUCUGACAGCGCCACAAAAUCCAACACCUUUCGUGGAGAUUGAAGCCACACCCGAGUCUCAAGACGCAAGUCUGCAUUGGAAAGAACGUUUGGGUGCAGUAAUGCAGACACAUGCCAAGUACCAGGAAACAUCCUUGGUCGCCUCUUUCAUCAACAUCUGUCAUGAUCUGGAAGCUCGAUGCGAGGGUGUGGAAGAGCCGCUGAGGCUAGAGCGCCAAAAGUUCACGGGUCUGGAGAAGCGAUACGCAGAUCUUAACAAGGCCUACGGAGAGCUCGAGGGUCAAGUCAUGGAUAGAGACCUGCGCAUCAGCGCCCUUGAAGCAGAAACCGAUCGCCACGAGCAUGAAUUGGCGGCUUCGUCCCAGGAAUCUCGCGAGUUAAUGGAACGAAUUGACAGAAUUACUAGAGAGCUUCAAGACGCCAACUAUAACGCUGAGCAAGACAUCAACAAACUGAAGCAGGAGAAGCAAGACUCGGAAGUCCAGCAUGCUACCGCAAUUGCCUGUAAGCAGGAGGCAUUC